AUGUUUUUUAGAAGAUGGCCUUCAAUAAAUAAAUUCACAUAGUUAUGUAAAUUUAUAUAAAAUACAUUAGUUGUUCUGAUAUUAGCAUUUAUUUUAAAUGUCAUAUUGUAUAAUUAUUGUUCUUCAGAUUUUUUAUAUUAACUAAGCUAUUCUCUAAUCCUUUAUCCCUAAAUUAUCCAUAACAUUAGAUUAAAUAGCAAAGAGAAUUUUAAUUUUGUAUAUCUUUUUGGUUAUUUGUCUCCAGGAUUGAUGUUUUAAGUAUUACUUUAGUUUUAAAUAGAUUUAUUUAAAAUGUUAUCCAACUAAUAUUUAUGAUGUGUAACCUGAUUUUUUAUUUGUUACUUUAUAUGACUGUAUUUAUUUCAUAUCUGUAAUUUUACUUUAUUUAUAACAUAAAUUUGGAUCUAGAUGUCUAAUACCUAAUUGGUUAUUAAAAAAUAAUGAUGAAAUUUGUGUUAUUUGUUUAGAUGUUAUGGGAAAAAUUGAUUGGGAAAAUUAAAUUUAGUUAUUACCAAUCAUUAAGACAACUUGCAAUCAUAAAUUUCAUUAAGUGUGUCUAUAAUCAUGGUUAUUGGUUAAAUAAUUGUGUCCAUUAUGUAGAGCACCUUUAAUUGAACUGAAUUUAUGA